AUUUAUUUAUUAUUUUAGUAGAUUGAUAUUGAUUGUGUAUUUUUUACCUAAAUGAAAUAUUAAAAAGAGAAGAGUGAAGAAUAGCUUCAAUUUUAUUAUAAGAUUCAGAGGUAUUCAUUAUAGACGCAGGAUGGCUCAAGAGAAGAAAAAGGCGUUGUUUAUUUGCCUCGGAAACAUUUGUCGCUCUCCUAUAGCAGAAGGUGUAUUCCAAAAAACCGUAAAUGACCUGAAUUUAGGUGAUCAAUGGGAAAUUGACAGUGCAGCCAUCGGAGGAUGGCAUGUAGGUAAUCCACCAGACUGGCGAGCAUUGGAUACUAUGAAAAAGCAUAACGUUCCUUAUAACAAUCAUGCCAGACAGAUUGUACCAGAAGAUUUUAAUCAUUAUGAUUACAUAUUUGGUAUGGAUGAAGCAAACAUGAGAGACCUUAACAAAAGAGCUCCUAAAGGAAGCAAAGCUAAACUUCUUCUCUUUGGAGACUUUGAUCCUCAGGGUGAUAGAAUUAUAAGGGAUCCAUACUAUGACAGUGAUGCAACAGGAUUUGAAAAGUGCUACCAGCAAUCGCUAAGAUGUUCUAAAGGUUUUCUUGACAGCUUAAAACAGUGAUGUGCAAUCAUUCCUUUUUUUAUUGUUUAUAUAGUUGAGCAGAAAGAGUUAUACUAAUGUAAGGAAUUAAUUAAUUUAAGAG